AUGGCAAAAGAUUGGAUAGGAGAGAUUGGUGGAUUCAAAGAGGCAUGGUUAUGGAUUGACUGCAUGCUUCUUCUAAUAUUUGGAGGUAUUCCAUGGCAAGUAUAUUUCCAACGAGUGCUCUCUUCAAAAACAUCUUCUGGAGCACAAAGACUAUCAUUUGUUGCUGGAGUUGGUUGUUUGCUCAUGGCAAUUCCUCCAGCCCUUAUUGGAGCUAUAGCACGUAAUACAGACUGGCGUAUGACGGACUACUCUCCAUGGAAUAAUGGCACAAAAGUCGAAGCGAUACCUGAAGACAAAAGAAAUAUGGUUGUACCCCUCGUAUUCCAGUAUCUCACUCCCAAAUGGGUCGCAUUCAUAGGCUUGGGAGCGGUAUCAGCUGCUGUGAUGUCUUCGGCUGAUUCCUCAGUUCUCUCAGCUGCAUCCAUGUUCGCUCACAAUAUAUGGAAGCUUACAAUAAGACCGCAUGCUUCUGAAAAAGAAGUCAUUCUUGUGAUGAGAUUUGCUAUCAUUGCCGUUGGUAUAAUGGCAACAGUAAUGGCGCUAACAAUUCAGAUUGGCCUUGUUCUUCGACUUGUUGGAGGAGAACCACUUCUUGGUCUUCCCGCCCUGGUACAUUUUCCAAUGUACACAGAUGGGAUUCAAUAUUUUCCAUUUAAAAGCAUAGCAAUGUUGGCAUCAUUAUUUACCAUAUUAGGAGUAUCUCGUCUUAGCGAACACUUGUUUAAGGCGGGUCACUUGUCGCCUGAACUUGAUGUACUUGGAUGUGUUGUAGUUCCACCAGAGAGAAUUCCACUACCAUCGGAUGUAUCAUUCAAUGUUAGCAGCGACACCUUAGCUAUGAACAAAGCAAAUGGGAAUGGCACGAACAACGCUACAUUUACGGAAACUUCAUUUCUUCAUCCUAGCUAUGCAGACCAAAAUUAUCUGUCGACCAACUCUCGCUAG